UCAUUUGCAUUCAUCUGAGUGCUUCUCUGUUAAAACCUAAAUGCAUCAACUUCUAUAACUACAAUAAUACAACUGAAUUUAACCACCAAUUACUGACUUUAUUGGCUUUAUCAAAACCAGUAAAUAUGUAUCUAUCUUUAAUAGUCUUUGAACGUUAUUUGUUUUAGUUUUUGCAAAACAUUAUCGGCUUAAAUAUCAAUCUUUUUUUUUACUCAUAACAUCGAAAUCGACAUUAUAGCCCCCAAAAGGAUCAGGAUGUCUCCUCCUUAUUUUUUGGAUGUUGAACACUGUGUAACCCAUGGCUGGAUGAUGCCGACAGACCCUCCUCUGCUCAUUUCCUGCUGGCACCAUCACCUCUACACCCAGUUACAAUGGAUGGAAGAGGAGAUGGACCCCGCCAUGGUCAAAAUUUGGAUGGAGGAGGAGACAGAGGCCACAUGGGUCAAAAUCGGCCAAGAACACUUCCUGAUUAUCCAGGUGGAGAUCAGCCAGAAAUACGCCCGUUCCACAUGGUGAUGAUGGACUGGAGGGAACUCCUUUUAAACCAUUGGCCAGAGAUGGAUUUUGGAAUCAUUGUCAACAAUGACAAUAUCGACAAUGUUAUUGACAAUGUUGACAACAUAGAAGAUGCUGGUGCUCUGAUUCAAGUUGGCGUUGAAGUCAACCUGGGUUUAGAGCAAGAGGACCCACUGCCUGGAGGAUCUAGGAGGAGGCCAAGAGAGGAGGACGAAGACGAAUCAGAGGAGAGAAGCAGCAAACGCUACCGGUGGUGGGACGAGUUUGCUGACAGCAGCUUUGACAGUGCCUCUGACUGCUUCUCUGACUCUGACUAUGACAGUGACGAUGACGAUGACAUGGACGAUGAUGACUUUGACACUGAUGAUGCAGCUGCGGAGGAUGACGACCCGAUGCAAAGUGGAUCCCGAAAAAGAUCAAGGGAAGAGGAUCCCGAAGAAGAUGAAGAAAGAAGCAGCAAAUGCGUCCGGUGGUGGGACGAGUUUGCAGACAGCAGCUCUGACGAUGACUAUGACAAUAUUGACGAAAAUAUUGUCAAAUAUUGUCGUUGAAGUCAUCACCUAAGCAGCUGAGAUUGUUGACCCACUGCCUAGUGGAUCCAGCAAAAGGUCACGUUAGGGCAAUGAAUCAGGAGUUUGGGCAGGAAAUUAUUCUAAAGUUGAGAUACCUUUUUUUGAUACAAACAAUUAUGACUGACACAAACAGUGACUGUAACUCCCCAUCUACAUAGGUUUGACUGAGAAAUAUGUGCAAAUGACACUAGACUCCAUCACUCUUUUAAAAAUUACAAUAAUUAAACAAAAGAGCUUAGCUCCAUGGUAAAACUCCCAAAUCCAAGUAAGUCAACUAGCAGGUAAGAAAGGAAGACCUUAUGCCUACAGGAUCUAGGAAGUAGACAAGGUAAGACAAUGAAAAAGAGGAUAGGACAGGCAGGAAAUGACACAAAUGUUGAGUUGAAUUUGAUGACAAUGAUGACAGACACCAAUCCAACCCAACCGGUCAAGGCAGAUGGCCAACCACCUAGAGCCCGGUUCUGCUCAAGGUUUCUUCCCAUUAAAGGGGAGUUUUUCCUUGCCACUGUUGCCAAGUGCUUGCUCAUGGUGGAAAUUUUGGGUCCCUGUAAAAUAGAGAGUACAGUCUAGAUCUGCUCUAUGUGAAAACUGCCCUAAGAUAACUUAUGCUGUGAUUUGACACAAUGUAAAUAAAAUUGAAAUGAACGGAAUUGAAUGUUCCUUGGUUUGCAAUGAAACUUACCAUAGUGAAGAGUGGCAAACUAUAACGCCACCAUGACGCCAAACUUAAUCAAAUUUAAAGAACUUCUCCAGAAGAGAACCACAACACUGAACCCUUAAGUCAUCAUAUCAAACUUCCAGCAAGAUAUUUGUAAAAUAAACAUUUCCAACAAUGAAUACAUCAAAGACCUCAUACUGCAGCAAAGUCACUAAUGAACACUUAACUGCACACCCACAAUUUGCAGGCACCUCUUCAUGUUCGUGAGAGAGAUGUAAUAUUCAAGAUGAAAUAUACUGUAAUA